AUGGUCGACACUUCAGCCUACGACCCCACGGUGACGACAGUGACUUCGGGCGUCAUCACUGGCAUCGCGGUUAUUUGUACUGCAUUACGGUUUUAUGUCCGCGUGCAUGGGAAGGCUGGUAUUGCCUGGGAUGACUGGUGGAUCCUGGCUGGUGUUAAUGUCGAUCCCACCGCCGAAAAGGCGAUCAGCGCGGCCAUCUUCUCAAAAUCAACCUCCACCUUCAAUACCAGCCCCCAUACGCUCUAUCUCAAGAUAUCUUUCGUAUGCACGAUCCUCUAUUUCACGUGCGUCACCGCGAUCAAGAUAUCCAUCCUCCUCAUGUACCGUCGGCUCUUUUCAAUAGAUGUAUCGUUUCGCAUCCAAUCUCUCCUUGUGGGCAUCGUUGUUCUUGCCUUCUGGGUAGCGGCCACUAUCGCCACGGUCUUUAAUUGCAACCCAGUGAAAUAUAACUGGGCUGGAUUAGUGCCGCCAGAGUACUGCUUCAACUUCAAUGUGUUUUGGAUGGCCACAGGCGCGGUCGAAGUGGUCAUCGACACCAUUAUCUUGGCUCUGCCGGUGCGCAUGGUGCUAGGCCUGAAGGUCUCGAGCAGACAAAAGAUCUCAAUUGUCUUUAUCUUUCUCCUCGGGAGCUUCGUCAUAAUAACAGGUAUCCUCCGCGUCAUCUAUGGCUACAUCCCCGGCUCCCGAGCCCCGGAAUACUCUAAGUCCGGCCUCUGGUCCACCGUCCAUAUCCUUAUGGGCCUUAUCUGCGCCUGUCUCCCCACCUUACGCCCGCUCUUUGCCCGCUUUUUCUCCCUCGUCAGCACCACCUCCUCCACUUUACGACGGAAAUACCAGGGUCUAAGUAGCCAGGAUUACAAAAGAAGUACCGGUAUCUCCGAUAGUGGAAUCACAAGUUGCAAGUCCGGGGAUAACAUUGAGAUAUUCCCGUUGCGACAGCAGGAGAGCUUUUCGAAUAUGUACAACUCAAGAGAAGCCGUGCACACAGAUAUGGAGGCGAUGCCUCGCAUGCCCACCUGGCAUGCCUGUCAUUGUGACGCUGGCCUAAGCAACAGCAACACCCACGCUAAAAUCGAGGCAGUACCCCGACCACGGCAUGAUUGCUCUUGUGACGCGAGCUUAAGUGAUGAAGGGGGCGUAGUUGGAGAGACACAGACAGAGGCAGUAUCCCCGCCUGCACCUGCGCGUAUUAUCCCCAAGCGAAGAAAGGACUGUGGGCGUUGUGGAUCUAUUAUCAAGGAUACAAGGGUGGAGAUCCAGUCGGAGCCAAUGAGGCCAGGAGAGUGUUAUUGUGGGGCUGAUUCUGGGUUAAGGGACCUAUGGCGUAACAAUGUUGUGCGGUUACCUGAGAGGGAGAAGGGUUGGUGA